ACGCCUAAUAAAGACAUUGUAAGGCGAUUCGUCGCGAUAACGGUGAAUGAAGGUAGCGGAUAUCUCCGACAGCCGAGAACUUUGCUCCUUGGCUGGGCAAAGUCCAGGAGGAGUUUUAAAGUGCCGAGCAGAGAUACAGAGGCCCCGGCAGGAGAAGGGAGAGGGUCUUCAGAGGGAAUUGCGUUGGCGUUGAAACGGCGCGGAGGACAAGAAAGAGGACACCCAAAAAAGUGGCAUUUGGGAUCAUGGCGAGCCUGUGGGGUCUCCUCCUGACCCUCGCUCUGGUCGUGGGACAUGCGGUCGCCUUCUCGGUGAAUCCGGAUGGAAAAAUAGAGGAGGACCUUGAUGAUGUCAUCGACAUCCCUCAGAUCAACCGCGAUGUCAUGGUUCGAUUGACUCAGGGCGAUAUCUUCGGGCCAUCGUCCCCGAAGGAGAGGAAUUCCAUCAUUGGCGAUGAAUACAUAUGGCCCAUGCCCAUCCCAUACAUCCUCUCCGACAGCCUGGACCUGAACGCCAAGGGCGUCAUCCUGCAGGCCUUCGAGCAGUUCCGACUCAAGUCGUGCCUCGACUUCAGACCUUACGCGGGCGAUCGCGACUUCAUCCGCUUCCAGAAGCUCGGCGGGUGCUGGUCAUCGGUGGGGAACGUCCGCGGCGGACAGGAGCUGUCGAUCGGUCAGAACUGCGACCAGAAGGCCGUGGUGGAGCACGAGAUCCUCCACGCGGUGGGGUUCUGGCACGAGCAGUCGCGCUCCGACCGCGACGACUACGUCACCAUCCAUUGGGACGAGAUCUUGGCCGGAAAGGAGAACAACUUCGACAAGUACCCCGACGACGAGGUGGACAACCUCAACACGCCGUACGACUACGAGUCGGUGAUGCACUACGCGCCGCUCUCGUUCAACAAGCAGGACGGCGUGCCCACCAUCACCACCAACAUCCCCGAAUUCGACAGCGUCAUCGGCCAGCGCCUCGACUUCAGCGGCUACGACCUGCUCAAGCUGAACCGCCUCUACGGCUGCACCUCGACCACUACACUGCUCGACCAGUGCGACUUCGAGGAGAUGAACAUCUGCGGGAUGAUCCAAGACCAGCAGGACACGGGCGACUGGGUCCACAUGUGGUCAGGGGGCCCCAACGGGAACGACCACACAGUGGGCGGGAAGUGUCCAGGCAAGGGCCGCUUCAUGUUUGUGGACACGAGCGUGGGCGAGGCCGGGAGCUCGGCGCUGCUCGAGUCGCGCAUACACUACCCGCGCCGCAGCAGCCAGUGUCUGCAGUUCUCCUUCAAGAUGACCGGCAGCGACAAGGACGUCCUCGCAAUCUGGGUCAGGCUGGACGACGGCACCGGCGCCGUGCGCAAGAUGGUGAAGAUCGGCACCGUGCAAGCCUCGGUAAUGAACCAGUGGGAGAUGGCUCACCUCGUGCUGCCCGCCGCCGUCAAGUUCCGCUACGUCUUCCAAGCGGUGCGCGGCUCCUCCAACGCCUCCGCCGCCGGCGGCAUCUUGCUGGACGACGUGAGCCUCUCCGAGCGGAACUGCCCGACGGGGGUCAUGCGCAUCCCCGACGCCGUCAACCUCAUGAAUACGUCGGUGCCGGGAACCAAGAUCUAUAGCCCGGCGUUCGUCAGCCCUGAGGGCUACGGCUUCGCCAUCGUCGUGUACCCGCACGAGCUCAGCUCGUCCAACGCGAGCCACCUUGGCGUGCGAUUCCAGCUGCUGAGCAGGCCCGACGACGACGUGCUCGAGUGGCCCGCCGCCAACCGCCAGGCCGUCAUCACCAUCGUCGACCAGAACAGCGACGUGCGACUGUGCAUGUCCAACGUGCGCACGUUCCUCUCGGACGACACGCGGCUCGUCCAGAACACGGACAAGCUGUUCUGGGACCGUCCUUCCGUGACGGGCAACUUCGAUCCACUGUGCAACUGUUUCCGCGGGCCGCUGCUGGGCUGGCCCACGUUCAUCUCGCACGAGUACCUACGCAAGAGGGACUUCCUCAAGGGCGGAGACCUCUACAUCUUCGUCGAGUUUAACGAUCUCACUCACCUCAACAAGACGGAGGUGCCGGUCGCACCCGUCAGCGCCAUCGCCACUGGCGACGACGUCGCCGUUGACAAGAUCUUCGCCAACAUCGACGCCGCCGCCGCCGAUGUCAUCGCCCCGCGGGAGCCGCUCGCUCCGAUCUCGGGAGACGGCGCCGCCCCGGCUCGCGGGGACGCCGGACGCGCGCCGAUGGCGGAGAGGCUGGCGAGGUCACGGCGCCACGCCGACGGCUCCGAACAGGCGCAGGGGCUGGGCCCCUGCGAGCCGAACCCGUGCCGCAACGGGGGCCUGUGCCUGGUGGAGGGCGGGCGCGCCAGCUGCAGGUGCCCUUCGGGCCGCGCGCUCUGGUACUCGGGCGAGCUGUGCGAGACGUCGCGACUGGGCGGUGCGCUGAUGGGUGUCGUCCUGGGCGGCGUGACCACCCUGCUCAUCACCUCGGUGCUCGGGGCCACCUUCCUGCGAUCGAUGAGGCGGCGGCGGCAGGCGGCGUCAAUAUGACGCAACAAAUGGGGGGGGGGGGGGCAGCCGCGUGCACGAGGGAAAGAGGAGCCGAGGUGCAGAGAGAAAGGGAUGAGAAGGGAUGAGAGGGAUGAGCGGGGAGGGAGGAGAGGCAGGGAGCAGGGAGGGGGGAGGGGGCGGGCGCUGCAGGGAGAGGUUGAGGUAGUGGCAGUGAAAGGUGACAUUUCUUAAUUAUGGUUUAGUUGAUGCCAAUUUUAAAUGCGGCUGAAAAUGCUGGCGAUGUAGAUCUUCAACACAUGUAUACAUGUUAUUGAUCAAUCGCUGAAUAUUACAUCAUUUCCGCACAGUCUCGCUGUGCUUAGAUUAGCGGUAGCGACGUAUUUUGUUUUAUGGUCUACAAUGAGUGCAUUAAAUACAUUUUCAAAAAUGCACAUUGCUGCGUGUGAUGAUAAAAGCAACCAAGAGAGCUGGCAGUCCGACGGCACCACCGACUCCGGCUGGCCAGAAUCGCCACUGAAAUGCAUUACCCAUCACCCCCUGGGGUGAACAAUUGGCCCAUUUACACUACCAAAUCUCUGGGCUUUCCCUCCAUGCACAACUGGAGGGCCUUUGGGCCAUUCAGCACAGCAAAUCACGUAACAAUUAAGUGUUUUAUCACUGGUCCACCACGCUUCUGCAUCAGUGUUUCCAGGAGCUGGUGGUUAAGCAAAUAUUAUUAAAUGCUUAUUAACCAAGUUCAAUUCGGGGGAGGUAAUUUGCCCGAUUGCCGAUGGAGACGUUGGAGCAUUGCAGUAAAAAAAUCGGAAAAUAAACAUUCACCAACACGUGAA